GAAGCAGCUUUUCUUUUUUUUUUACAGACUUCAUGAGUUAGUAGGACGUCUUCGGUGCUCACACCAUGUAACUGUUAACGUUACCUGUUAUUCCGUUUUACACAUACAGUCUAUGGUUUUACACAGCCUGAGCAAUCAUGUCAGUGAAGCAUUCCAAGCCCAACUUGAGCCAGUCUCAGGUGGUUGAGUUGGUGAAGAGGCUCUUCAGGCUGACGCCAUCAGAAAUUCGCUCGCUGCCAAGCUACGAUGACCAGAACUUCUGUGUGACAGCAGUGGAGGGUGGCAAGUAUGUCCUGAAGAUAAUGAACUCAGAGGACAGUAAGAACCCCACCCUGUUUGAGGUGCAGACCUAUGCCAUGUCCUUUCUGCACCAAAAUGGACUUCCUGCCCAAACAGCCCUGCCCACCACCUCUGGACAGCUCAUGAGCCUGGAAGAAAUAGAUUGUGGCUACGGCUGUCAGAAGUAUCUGGUGCGGCUGUUGACUUAUUUGCCUGGAACCACUAUUUCAAAGGCACCAUUAACACCACAGUUACUGUUUGAAACUGGCAAGACAGCAGCCCGAAUGGACAAAAUCCUACAAGAGAUGGAGCACCCUCAUCUAAGCGUGCUGCAGAGAGAGAAGUUCAUAUGGAGUCUGUCAAAUGUUCCCCUCUUGGAAGCAUACAUCAAUUUAUUUGAUGGAGAUCCUCUUCAUGAGGUCGUGAAGUCUGUCAUUCAUCAGUACAAGACCUCUGUGAUCCCCAAGCGCUCCGAUUUCCGCAAGUGCGUUAAUCACGGUGACUUCAAUGACCUCAAUGUGCUUGUCCAACCUGAUGAGAGUGACAGCCACAGGAUUUCUGGCAUCCUUGACUUUGGUGACAUGAACAGUGGCUACUAUAUCCAUGAGCUAGCCAUCGCUAUCACGUACAUGAUGAUGGAGCACCCUAAACCCAUAGAGGUGGGUGGACCUCUCCUCGCGGGCUGGGAAAGUGUCCUUCCCCUCAAUGACGCAGAGAGAGACUGUCUCUAUGUGCUGGUGCUGUCCCGCUUCUGCCAGUCGUUGGUUUUAGCGCGUCACGCCGUGACCCUGCAUCCGGAAAAUGAAGAGUAUCUUAUGAUUUCAUCUAGGAACGGCGUCCAUUUUCUCCGUCAACUCUGGGAGCUUGGAAAGGAGCAGGUGGAGAAGGUGUGGUUUCAGAGUGCUGCUCAGUUCAGUGAGAGAAAGUGAGAAAUAUGUGAGGAAUGCCAUUCACAGAUUUCUACGCACAGUAGGGUGAUUCCACUGAGCAUGAUGUCCAAAUCGGCCAUAAUUUUCUUGAGUUAAAAGCAAUACAUUGUAUUUUCACUGGAAAAAAUACGAUACAUUGCACUCCUGAUAUUAAGACAGAUUGAAGUAGGAAUACUACACAGUCCCUUCAGGAUUUUGGGAUGUUGUGAUUGCAACUAUUAACACAAAUUCAACAACUUCCCUUGAAUUCAGCGCGACUUGCAAUUUUGACCAAUCACUGCAAAUUUGACCUAUCAUCGCCGUUUCCUGUAAAACGUUGUUAUAUACCAGCAUACUCACUUCCUUCGUCAGUUAUAUCUACCAUGUCCACUCUAGC